AAAUGUCUGAUUUAGCUGUAACAGAUCAUGAAAACUUUGCAAAUAAUAAAAUGCCAAAUCUUGGUUGUGAGAUUGAAGAUUUCCAGCAUUACACGUGGCAAAUCACUGGUUGGGGAAAUCUGGAUGAAUGGGUAAUAAGUCCUGAAUUUAUUGCUGGAGGUUGGAGAUGGCGUAUUUUGCUUUAUCCUUUUGGAAAUAAUAAUGUUGAUUUUGUAUCAAUUUACCUGGAUACUGCUACUAAUGGAGCACCUAAUGGUUGGCAUUCCUGUGCACAGUUUGCUUUGACCUUAUGGAAUUCAGAAGAUCCAACAUUAUAUGUUUGUCACACUGCAAACAACCGUUUUAAUGCUGAAGCACCGAAUUGGGGAUAUCCACAGUUUUGCGAACAGCGUAAUUUGUUUGUUCCAAUGGAAAAUCAAACUCGUCCUCUAAUCGAAAAUGAUUCGUGCAAUAUCACAGUUUUCGUUCGUGUUAUUAAGGACCAAACUGGCUUUCUCUGGCAUAAUUUUAAAAAUUAUGACUCAAAACGAGAAACUGGUU